AGCCGGCCAUAUUUGCGCAUUCUACACUCGCAAAGUCUGUCACUGCUGCUAAACCCUUACUUCGCUCAAAGCUCAAAAAUGGCAGCGCCCAAAUUCGCCUUCCUCCUACUCACCCUAAUUUCAGUCCUGCCGCUCCUCGUCUCCUCAUUCUCCCCCGAUCGCCCCACGGAUCGCCGGAUUCUUGUUUUGCUCGACGAUCUCUCCCUCAAAUCCUCACAUUCCCUGUUCUUCUCAUCCCUAAAAUCCCGAGGUUUCGAUCUCGAUUUCAAGCUCGCAGACGAUCCCGCCAUAGCGGUCAAGCGAUAUGGCCAGUAUAUGUACGAUGGGCUCAUUCUGUUGUCUCCUUCCACCGAGCGUUUUGGAGGGUCAUUGGAUGUGGAGGGGGUUUUGGAUUUCGUUGAUUCCGGUCAUGACUUGAUUGUGGCGGCGGAUGCGAAUGCAUCGGAUUUGAUUCGGAACAUUGCUGCUGAAUGCGGGGUUGAUUUUGAUGAGGAUCCCUCUGCUGUUGUUGUUGAUCACAGUAGUUAUGCUGUGUCAGAAACUGAGGGAGAUCAUACCUUAAUUGCUGCUGAUGAUUUUAUUCAGUCUGAUGUUAUUCUUGGAAGCAAGAAAAUUGAGGCUCCUGUGCUUUUCAAAGGGAUUGGACACUCACUUAAUCCUGCCAAUAGCAUGGUUUUAAAAGCUCUUUCUGCAUCACCUUCCUCAUAUUCCACUAAUCCAAGCUCAAAGCUGUCUAGCCAGCCACCAUCGCUCUAUGGAACAGCCAUCUCACUAGUCUCAGUUGUGCAGGCUAGGAAUGCUGCACGAAUCAUGAUAUCUGGUUCAUUGGACAUGUUCAGUAACAGGUUGUUCAGAGCAGGAGUGCAAAAAAGUGGGAGUUUGAAUAAGUAUGAGAAAUCUGGAAAUGAACAGUUCAUAACUGAACUUAGCAAAUGGAUUUUCCAUGAAAGGGGUCAUCUGAAGGCUGUGAAUCUUAGACACAACAAAGUUGGUGAAAGUGAAGAGCCUUCGAUGUAUAGGAUCAAUGAUGACCUGGAAUUUUCUGUUGAAAUUUUUGAAUGGUCUGGAAGUAGUUGGGUACCACAUGUUUCAAAGGACGUUCAGGUGCAGUUCUACAUGAUGAGCCCCUAUGUCUUGAAGACUUUGUCAACAAAUGCGAAGGGGCUCUAUCACACUUCAUUCAAGGUACCAGAUGUUUAUGGAGUUUUCCAGUUUAAGGUUGAGUAUCAGAAGCUGGGAUACACUAGUUUAUCGCUUUCAAAGCAGAUUCCUGUACGGCCAUUCAAACAUAAUGAAUAUGAAAGAUUCAUCACAACAGCUUUUCCAUAUUAUGGAGCUUCAUUUUCCAUGAUGGCUGGAUUCUUCAUCUUCAGUGGCGUUUACCUCUACAACAAGUAGAGCUGUUGUGAUGGAUUUAGCUCCACCUUCGAAAUGGUGCUAGGAAACACAUCUUUUUCGCUUUCUUCUAUUCUGGAAAGAGAUGGUAAAAAUCACACAGUACUCUAAUUAUAUCGCUAUUCGCUACUAGAAACAUGUGAUUCACACUGAUUUAGCCGGGUCUCUAUGAUGGAUUAUUGUUGUAGCAUCACAUUAUUAUAUUAGACUAAGUUUCUUUGCGACUUCAAA